GACACUGUAGGAUAUAUAACAGAGCUGAGCAAAAGUCAUCAGCGUUUUAACAUUUUGAACUGACAGAGUGUUUUUGUUUCAUACACACAUUCGUCAUCUGCGGGAUUCUGUGUCGUCACUGUCGUGCACGCGCCUGCAGGUCUGCGCGUGUUGAGAAACGCUGGAAUAUCGCGAUGCCUGCUGAAACUCACAGUGACAGACUGUUUUCCUCAGUCAUGACGGGUCAGAGCGCCUGUGCUCCAGAGGAGGGCGCUAUACGCAUCAACGUCGGAGGCUUCAGGCGUCGACUGCUUUCCAAGCGACUCUCUCGCUUCCCCGAGACGAGGCUUGCGCGCUUGCUGAGGUGUCGCUCCAAAGAGUCCAUCCUCGAACUGUGCGACGACUAUGACGACUCCGAAAAGGAGUUCUACUUUGACCGUAAUCCAACGCUCUUCCCUUACGUCUUACACUUCUACAACACGGGACGGCUGCACGUUAUGGAUGAACUCUGUGUCUUUUCCUUCAGUCAAGAAAUCGAGUACUGGGGCAUCGACGAGCUGUUCAUCGACUCGUGCUGCAGCGGCACCUUCCACUGCCGCAAGAUGGAGCCCGACGAGACGGACUGGGACGACAAGAGCGAAGAGGGAAGCACCGCUUCGUCUUUUGACGAGAUCCUGGAGUUCUACAGCGACGCCGGUAAAUUCGACAAGCAGCUGCUGGGAAGCGUUCGCCGGAGGAUCUGGCUGAUGCUGGACAAUCCUGGCUAUUCGCUCCCCAGCCGCCUCAUCAGUAUCUUCUCCAUUCUGGUCCUGUUGGGCUCCAUCGCCACCAUGUGUCUGAACAGCAUGAGCGAGUUCGCGCUGCUGGACGGUGACGGCCGGCCCCGUGAGGACCCUCGCUUCGAGGCCGUAGAGCAUUUGGGAAUCGGGUGGUUCACGUUCGAGCUGCUCGCCAGAUUCGCCGUGGCGCCGGACGUCCUCCGUUUCUUUGCACACCCGCUGAACCUGAUCGACCUGGUGUCUAUCUUGCCUUUCUACCUGACCUUGGUCAUUGACCUGGUCGCGGAGAGCAGCCCGGCGCUGGCGAAUCUGGGUCGAGUCGCGCAGGUGCUGCGGCUGAUGAGGAUCUUCCGCAUCCUGAAGCUGGCGCGUCACUCCACGGGCCUGCGGUCGCUGGGCGCCACGCUCACAAACAGCUAUAAGGAGAUCGGGCUGCUGCUGCUGUAUCUGGCCGUCGGCGUGUCCUUCUUCUCCGUCAUGGCCUAUACCGUGGAGAAGGAGGACAACGAGGGAUUGAACACCAUCCCGGCCAGCUGGUGGUGGGCGACGGUGAGCAUGACCACCGUGGGCUACGGGGACGUGGUUCCCGGCUCCGUCGUGGGCAAACUGACGGCUUCGGCCUGCAUACUGGCGGGAAUAUUAGUUGUCGUGCUUCCAAUCACUUUGAUAUUUAACAAGUUUUCUCUGUUUUAUAAGAGACAGAAACAGCUGGAGAUCAUCAUGCGGAGCUGCGACUUCGAUGGGGGAAUGAAGGAGGCUCCGUCUGUCAAUCUGAGGAAUUAUUACGCUCAUAAAGUCAAGACACUGAUGGCCAGUCUGUCCAACAUGAGCCGCAGUUCCCCCAGCGAUCACAGUCUGAACGUCUCUCUGCAUUAGACUGUGCUGACGUCACUGCGGCGUGUUUUCUUUAACAGCGAGACACACGAAGCAGCUGAUCAGUGGUUAAAAUAACAGUGUGUGAAUCAGCAUCUUCUCCUGGGUUUUCUCCUCAUUGUCCAGCUCAUUCGUUGGAGGGAACAGCGGGUGUACAGUAUAUCGGUGGAAGCUGUCAGUCUCACGGGUUCAGGAGGAUUUCUGUGCGUCAGACGGCUGCCGGACUUUGCUUAGCACUGAAUCUCCUCCGACUGUCACUAUAUAUUUUCAUGUUUUUCUGUAUCACUGUUGUUCAGGAAGGAAAAACAAUUGUAGUGACCAGAAUUAGUAGUACUGAUACUAUUUUGUAAAUGUGACAAAUCCAUCUGAUAUGUGAGGAGCAGAAAUGAACUUUGAAACGAAUGAUUUUCAGUGAAGUUUUGUUGCUUUUGAAUGAGUUUUACACAUCUGUAAAGGUGAUACACGGGCAACUUUUUGAGCAAUGUUGCUUGGGCACUUUCCCAUUCAAACUAUCUAAGUAUCCAGAUAGAAAAUUGUUGCCCAUUCUCAAUAGGACAAUGCCCAAGCAACAUCGCUUAAAAAGUUGCCCCAUGUAUCAUCACCUUGAGGUAAACAAAUUUUAUGGCGAUCAGAGAUCCAUUAUCAGUCUGUUCAUAUCUCUGUUGUUUAAUUUGAACUGUAAACACAGAAUGUGAUCCUGAGGGGCUUGUGCUGCUCCAGAACACAAAUUCAGAUAUUUUGAUGAAAUCCAAGAGGUUUCUGUCACUCCAUAGAGAUCCAAUAAUGUUUUUUUUGCACAAACAAAGCACUCGCGUCACUUCAUAAAAUUGAGUUUAAGCCACUGGAGUCACAUGGAGUACUUUAAUGAUGUCUUUUUCCUACCUUUCUGGACCUUGGAGUGGUAGUUGCGUUGUAUCUCUAUGGAGAGUCAUAAACCUCUCAGACUUCAUCAAAAAUAUCUUAAUUUGUGUUCUGAAGAUGAACGAAGGUCUUACGGGUGUGGAACGACAUGAGGCUGAGUAAUUAAUGACAGAAAUUUCAUUUUUGGGUGAACUAACCCUUUAAUGUGCACAAACGUGUUUGUUACUGUGUGGAUUUGUGUCAUUUCUAGCUCAUAAUUUUCUUUUCCCUUUUACUUAAAGAAAAUGUAUCCUGUUUUUAAGACUGUUAAGAUUAUUUGCAUUGUCACAUUAUUAUUUAUUAUAGUUUGUGUGUGUGUGUGUGUGUGUGUGUGUGUGUGUGCAUGUGUGUGUGUGUGUGUGUGUGCACGUGUGUGUGUGACCAGCAAACUCAAUUACUGCUGAAAAAUAGAUGACCACAUCACAAACUGUCAACUAUAAUGGGAUAUAUAAUUUUAUAUAUAUAUAUAUAUAUAUUGUAAAGGAUUUUAUGUUGGAUGUACUGCUUUAAAUUGUAACAAAUUGUUGUAAAAAUACUGUUGCAGUGAUGAGAAUCUAUUGAAAACCAUCAUUUAAAAUAAUGGCAAUUACAAGAAACUGAAGCACA